CGGAAGUUAGUCAACUGCAUUUUAGGAUGCUGAUAUUGAAAGCUGCCCGCCAAACUUAUAGUCUCUUACCGGUUGGAGUGAGUCGUGCUGGCUUCUUUUGGGGGAAACCCGUUAUUUGGCAUCGGGUUACAGUUCUUAGGACCACUCUGCAGCCCUGUGGUAGUUUGAAAAGACUGUCGACUUGUUCUGGAGCUUUUUACAAACAAAGAUUUGUUGCACUAAGAAACAGAACGGUCCAGGUGUCAUUGUCUAAAAGUGUUUGCAGUAUGGCAGAUACUAUGAGGCAGAGGAUGGUGUGGGUGGACUUAGAGAUGACUGGCUUGGAUAUAGAAAAAGAUGCAAUCAUUGAAAUGGCUUGUAUUAUAACUGAUUCUGAAUUAAACAUUUUGGCAGAGGGUCCCAAUAUAAUUAUAAACCAACCAGAUGAACUACUUGACAGUAUGUCUGCGUGGUGCAAAGAACAUCAUGGAAAGUCAGGUCUCACCCAAGCAGUGCAAGAAAGUAAAGUCUCAUUGCAGCAAGCAGAAUAUGAGUUUCUGUCCUUUGUGCGUCAGCACACACCACCUGGAUUAUGCCCGCUGGCAGGAAAUUCUGUCCAUGCAGAUAAGAAAUUUCUUGACAAGUACAUGCCUGAGUUCAUGAGACAUCUCCAUUACCGCAUAAUUGAUGUUAGCACCAUCAAAGAGCUUUGCAGACGUUGGUAUCCAGAAGAGUAUGAACAAGCACCGAAGAAAGAAUCCUCUCACAGAGCACUUGAUGAUAUCCUGGAAAGUAUAAAAGAACUUCAGUUUUACCGAAACAAUGUAUUCAAAAAGAGAAUGGAUGAGAAGAAAAGAAAGGUUGUUGAAAACAGAGAACAUCAAAAAUGACCAUAAGUUUAACAAAGCAGCCAAUGCCAAAUUCCUCCAGACCUGGUUUAUGUGCUUUAGUGAAGUAAAUCUGACACUUUGUACAAGACAUUCACGAAGAAUAUACUUAUUUUGACACUUUUUUUCAGUAAAGUAGUAAUUGCUAUAAACAAAAAAUGUAUGUAGUUUGUAUAUACAUUUUGGGGCUGUGUCUUGUUAACCACACCCCCCAAAAAACUUUUUUUCUUUUUGGAUUGAACGUUUUGGGCCUUCUGGAUGUUCUUUUGAUUCUCUUCCAGGGCAGUUGAGAAAUACAAUCAUUCCCAGCAGAGUCUGAGGAUGGAUGCCAUUUCAGUAAUCUUCAGGGGGCAAUAGUAAGUUUGGAUUCUUCAGCAGUAAAUAAAUAUUUGUAUAUAACA